AUGGACGUGCCGCUCCAUCGUGGUCGAUUUGAUUGGGCCGGGAUGGGAAAUGAAGUUCUCAAUAGGCUUCUCUGGCGGGGCGGGGCGGUGGACGUUGCGUCGACUUCCAAUGGCCGGGAGGAUGGCAUGGACGGACUUCGCAUGGGGCCAUGGCCAGACGCUGUGUACGUGUGGUGGCGUGCGUGUCAAGUUGUCGGUGUCGCUGUGGUGCUUGAUCUCAGAAUCUGCGCUGGGCGCAGGGCGGGGGCGGAGAUGAGUCAGCAGCAUCAACCAAGGGCGGAGUCGGAAGACCUUCCUGAAAUGGAGAGGUGGAUGAAAAGCCAUCCACCUCAAGCAUCGGCAGCAGCAAGACGGGCACGCACGCACGCACGCACACAUACGCAUAAACCAAGAGGACAGCUCUUGGCUUUCAUUCUGCCUCGCCUCGCCUCGCCCACGACGGUCGUCAAGAGCCACCUCGAGCACCACUCCUCGAAAGCUAACGAUCAGCUACAAGUAGAAAAGUGCCAGCGCCGCAUCGAGCUUAACAACAAAACCAUUGAAGAUGAGGAGCGCAAGGAAACAUGCCACGCUCACUAUGAAUUCCCAGCCCAGACCGAAGUCGCUGUCUGCAAAUGUAAAGGGGCGGAGGUUUCGAAGCAGUCCACAGACCCAGAACCAUCGGACUGUUUGAUACUGGCAGCGCUGCUAGCACGCGUCAAUAAUGCAGCACGCAACGCAGAGCACAACCCGAUUCAAGAGCUCAAGAAGAAGAUGCGGAUGGGCAAGAAUCACCGCAAGCCAAUAAUCCGAUCAAGGCCGCAUUCCACUCAACUCUGCUGGAUGAAGCAAGGCGCCUCAGCACCUUCCGUCACAGCACGCCUGCGAAAGACGAAGACGAAGAAUGGAAGAAGCUCGAAGACGCCACCGGAAGCAUGGGAUGGAGGCCGAAGCCACCAUCUAGGUAAGAGCCAUCGCCCCACGAUCGUAGUCGCAACCAGGUUCGGCGCAGACGGCGGAGAUCAGAAUCAGUGGCUCCGGCAAGGCCUUCAUAGCAGCGAUGCAGACAGCAAUUGCGAAAGCAGUAGAGAAGAAGUUGGUCAAGAUGGAGUUUCUACAACCAAUAUCGCCAUCUCUACAGACAGCAUCAAUGAACCAAUUUACCAUAGCAAUUCACUUAUUGGCAAUGCACUUGUAGAGGCUGCUGCCAUCAAUCAUCUGUGCCAUUCAUCCGAAACAGACACGCUCUCCUUCUCCUUCCUCUUCAGCGUGGCUUCCUCUGUAAGCCGAGCAGGCUGCGCUGCGCCAAGCUUUGAAGGCUCAACGGAGACCGGUCCGUGCCUGAACGCGCCGGUGCAAGAUCUUCUGGCGAGACUGCAUGUUGCCGUCUCCGGCGCAUCACAAUCAGCUUUCCUUUCCUUCCAUAUACUUCGUCUCCGCCGCGCGAACAGAUCUCACGCUGUCUCACGUUCAUCGUCUACUUGGACAUUUGAAAACGACCCGAGCAAUUCCUCAAAACCCCGCCGCCGACCAGACGCCGCCGCCUCUCGCCCUUCUCCGUAUUUCCUUGCGCUCCGCCACGCACACACAUCGACAUGCCCGUAUCCGUCCGCGCCCACGCUGUUCGCCAUCUCGUGGAAUGAGCCGCUUGCACCUGAUACGGUCCCGUGUGCCGGGCCAGGCGACGACGAGAGAAGCUACUUCAGGAAACCCCGAUUGAUCAGAACCCGCCCAAGUACCUGCACCCGCAUCCGCAUCCGCGCAAUCUACCAUCAAUCUUGCUUGUUCCUCGCUCCUGAUACGACACCGUGGGCCAGACGAUCGGAAAAGCACCUUGUAGGCAAAAUUUCAUUUACGAAACCAGAUGAGAUGGACAUCGUCAUACUGGGCAUCCAUGAAGAGGCAUGCGUGGGUGACAGGAAGGGCUCCUGCGUAUUCUUAUUAUUCUUGUUGUUGAUGAUGUCGUUGUUGCUCUCCAUCACGCCGCACUCUCUUGCUCUGUCCUGUUCUCUCUCCAGGCAUUCCUCUGUCCUCCGUCCAUCUUUCAUCGUGCGCAUCUUCACUCUCGUUCCUUCCUUGGUCAAAGCAAUUCUUUCCCCCAUCCUUACGCACAGAGUCAGCCAUGGAAUGGGAAGGACAUCCAAACAGCGGCUUGAAGGGAACCCCAAUCCACCUUCAUUCCUGACAUUCCGAGAAGAAGCGAUGAUGAUGCAUCUCGACGACGGAGAUCAGCCACUACCAACGCCAAUGUCACCACCAAUGCUCCUGCGGCAAUCCAACCAAGAACAACCCAUCCCACCAUCCUCGACAACUAAGCUUCAUUUGAUGAAUGACCGCCCCUGGCUUCUGCCAAACUACGACAGCCUAUCACCGGCAUCAAUACCACCAGUGCCUCGUCAUCUCAUUCUGCCAAGUCAUACACACGGCGGACUAAGUGCUGCCGCACCUCAUCAGCUUUUCGACCCGAAAGACCUCUUCGAUCUCCGCACGAACCCCGACGAAGAAAUGGAACUUGAAGAGGUAGCGGCACUCUUCGGUCUUGAUCGGGCUGGCAUGAUCAGCACCAACACGCCAUCCACACCCAAUGAUAUCGACAUGAUCAGUACUCAUCCAUCAUCCACACCCAAUAAUAUCGACACGAUCAGCUCCAACCCGUCAUUCACACCCAGCAUUACCAGUGGUCCAGGACUCAUCCACAGUCAUGUCAACAUCACCAGUACCCCAUCGCAGAUUCUGGUUGCUCGGGGCGAUCCACGCGCCUCAAGGUCGAGCCGGAGAUUGAACUGGAGACUGAGAAACGCGCAGCAGAACGGUGAACUUUUGCUGAGUGAGGCAACCUCCUCCCCUUUGUCCUGUUCUUCUUCUGGGAAUACUCAUGUGCGGAUGCCACCGAGAACCCCUACGACUAGGCCUUGGCGGAUUGAUAAGAGCUGGAAUAAUCGCUCUUGCUUGCGGAAUGGCGUGAAGUUGAGGUGGGCGGAAAGCAAGUUCCAAGAGGAGAGCCCGCGAAAUGAGGAUUUCGUGUCUUUCUCGCUCGAGCAAAAUCAACCCCGGAGAAUCAUGUCUGUGGUUUGUGUCAUGCUUACCUCCCAGAUCAACAGACACCCUCCUUCAGCAAAAUGGACCUCCUCUCUCCCAUCGACGGAAAUCUUACUCGCUAAGUCUCUCGCCUCAGUCGGCAGUACAGACGUUCACACUCCAGCACAUACAUUGACCAACGAACUCAUAUUCGCCGGGAGCUGCUCGUAG